AACAAAGAGAUUAUCUCCGACUGCCAUCUCGAUUUUCUCAUACAGUUUGACACCCUCCACACUAUUUUCGUAUUUUGCGUGUUGCACUCACUCUAUCCCUUAUCCAAAGUUUACCAAAACCAAUAAAUUAUAAAGUAUAGCACCAUGGCUGCCAAAGACGCUAAAAAGAAAGACCCCGUCUUCUCCCUGAUUUCCGGCACUAUUGCUGGUGGUAUUGAAGGUGUCAUUACUUACCCAACCGAGUAUGUCAAGACACAGUUGCAGCUGCAAGCUGGUGGCAAGUUACAACCUGGCGAAGCACGAUUCAAAGGUCCCAUUGACUGUCUUGUACAAACCUAUAAAACGCGAGGCUUUUCUGCUAUAUAUACUGGUGUUGGUGCCUUGGCUAUUGGCAAUGCUGCCAAAGCUGGUGUACGAUUUUUGACAUAUGACCAGAUCGCCAAUCAGUUACGUGACAAGGACGGCAAGUUGUCUGGUGCCAGAAGCUUGUUAGCUGGUUUGGGUGCUGGCAUGACCGAGGCUGCACUGGUGGUGACUCCCUCAGAAACUAUCAAAACAAAGUUGAUUCAUGAUAAAAACAGCCAAACACCAAGAUAUAAGGGAUUGGUACAUGGUACUUCGACAAUUAUCAAAGAGGAAGGUUUUAGCGGCAUUUAUCGUGGUGUAGGUCCUGUCAUGGCACGUCAGGGCGCCAACAGUGCUGUCCGAUUCAGUUGCUACUCAACAUUCAGGUCAUGGUUACAAUCGUACCGCGGUCAAGGUGACGCACCGUUGCCAUCCGCAUACACAUUUGCUGCUGGUGCCAUGGCAGGUAUCGUCACUGUUUAUACCACAAUGCCCCUGGAUGUGGUCAAGACGCGUAUGCAGGGUCUGGAUGCUCGUCAGUUGUACAAAAACUCGGUUGAUUGUUUGCUCAAGGUCGUAAAGGCCAAUGGUGUAUUUUCGUUAUGGAAGGGUACUACACCCCGAUUGGCGCGUUUGAUUUUCUCGGGCGGCAUCGUGUUUACCGUAUACGAACAAGUAUACAAUGGUCUUACACUGUUCAAGAGCAAUUAAGUAUAUUCAUAUCUAUAUGUAUAUUAUGUAAUGGUAUAUAAUAUAUAUAUAUAUAUAUAUAUAACAGAAUGAAUUUUUAAACAAUAAGCCUUGUAUCUACCAGAAUAGAAGAAAAAAGAAAA